UCGUAGCCCAUUUGCGGAAAAGUCGUGCAGACAAGAGGCUCCAAAACCGAUGUUCGUGUUAGUAAACGCCAGGCGUCCUGUGUAUAAAGAAGUAUAAGACUCACUUUACGACGGAGAGGCCACUUAGAGGAUGGAGAUGGAGAUGGCAGACACACUGAGCACAGCAUCCGACUCCGAGGAGAUGAACAAGCUCCUUGCGGCUGCUCUCGACGAAGAAGAUGCCCGGAUGGAGGGGAGGGGUGCCAAUGGUGCCAUGGCAGAGAAGAUGGUGAUCAUCGGGAGCGGCGACAUGGCACUGGCACUCGCUACUGUGAUGGUUCGCGCCGGUCUUCAGCCUGUGGUCGGGAGUCGAUGCCCUGAUAGUGCCAGACAGAGACUGAAGAUUGCCGCCAUCACAGUGACGACGCUGAAGGAGGCGCUGGAGCAGGGGGAGGUGGUCCUAGUGGCGAUCCCUGCGGAACACCACGACUCCCUCCCUCGCCACCUGCUCGCCGGGAAGAUCGUGGUCGACGUCAGCAACAGAUCCCCCGACAGCCCCCGUCGGCCCGAGAGCGUGGCAGAGCGCCUGCAGGAGUGCCUUCCGGAGAGCCACGUCGUCAAGGCCUUCAACACGCUGUCCGCCUUCGCCCUCCAGCAGGGGGACGUCAGGGGCAGCAAGGAGGUCCCCAUAUGCAGCAACAGCAGCCGUGGGCGUGAGCGAGUGUCGGCGCUGGUGAAGGUCCUCGGUUUCACGCCCAUUGACCGCGGUGUUCUCGAGAACGCCCGCGACGUCGAGAACAUUCCAUUCCGCUUCUUCCCGGAGUGGAGAACGCCCUGCAUCGUCGCUGCCGUUCUGUUCUGGGCGUUCUUCCUGUUCUUGUUCUUCAGGAGACAGAUCUGCCCCAACAUACAGAACGAAGAGCCAUGGGAUUGGAACCGGUUUAUAAAACUGCCUCUCAACAACGGCAUGUUGGCCUUCGCUCUCUCCGGUACCGUGCUGCUCCUCAUGUGCUAUGUGCCAGGCAUGAUCGCCGCCUAUAUCCAGCUGAGCCGCGGAACCAAAUACUCGACCUUCCCCAGCUGGCUCGACAGAUGGCUCAAGGCUCGAAAACAGAUGGGUCUCUUGGCUCUUCUCACCGCUCCUUGCACGCGUUCAUGUCCAUCUUCACUCUGAUGGCCACCGGGAUGAAGCAGCCUCUUCAGUGGACGCAGAAUCUGUACCUGGCUCUGGGAGCCGUCCUCACAGCUGUCCUGGCCAUCCUGGGCGUUGCAACCAUCCCUUCCGUUGCAGCGACACUCACCUGGCGGGAAUUCGACUUCUUGCAACGUUACCUGGGCUGGCUCUCCGUCGUGCUGGUCACCUUGCAC